UCGUACAACACCUCGAAGCCGUGAUAAACGGCACAAAAGAUAACGCAAUGUCCGACUUGUAUAUUCCUAUGUGAUACCGAUGUGACAAGUGUCUGCUGAUAAACCGAACUAGAGAAAAUGAAGAGAAACGUGACCGUUACGAGACAAGAAUCACUUGUUGUACCGGACGUUCAGAACCCGUUUGUACACCGGUUGCAUUUCGGAAUCUUGGACAAAAUUCAGAUUGUGAUUAUGUCAGUGACAGUUGCCCCUAUCCGGCUUCUGCUGGCAGGAAUGUGUUUGGUUCUAGCGUGGCCAUUAGCAGCACUGUCACUUGCAUUUCGUACAGAAGAAGAAAAGCGUAAACCUCUGACAGGAUGGCGCAAGGCUUUCAGUGGACUUCUCCUAUGGCUUGGGAGGUGUGUAAUCUUUAUAGCAGGAUUUCACAAAAUCAAGCUCAGAGGGAACCCUGCUAGUGCCCUGGACGCACCUGUCCUUUGUGCUGCACCCCACUCAACAUUUUUUGAUACCAUUGUAUGUUUUAUGGGGCAAGAACUAAAAAGUCCAGUCGCAAAGAUAGAAAGCAGCUCAAUACCCUUUUUGGGAACAUUAAUUCAGUUCACGCAGCCUGUAUUUGUGCGACGAGAGGAUCCCAACUCUCGCGCUGUUACCAUCCAGCAGAUACGGGAGAGGGGACAGUCUGGGGGAGCAUGGCCUCAAGUCCUUAUCUUUCCAGAGGGCACCUGUACCAACAGGUCGUGUCUCAUCACAUUUAAACCAGGUGCUUUCUACCCUGGUGUGCCAGUUCAGCCUGUAUGUUUACGCUACUUCAACAAACUGGAUACAUUUACGUGGACAUGGGAUGGUCCAAAAGCAUUUGCUUGUCUAUGGUAUACAUUCUGUCAGUUUAACAACCAGGUAGAAAUAGAGUUCCUCCCUGUAUAUAAUCCUAGUGAGGAAGAAAAGAAUGAUGCUCGACUCUUUGCCAACAAUGUUCGAGCAGUCAUGGCCAAACACCUCAAUUGUCCUGUAACAGACCACACUUAUGAUGAUUGUCGUCUGAUGGUUCGAGCAGCAAGGCUGAAAUUGCCGAUGGAGGCUGGAUUAGUAGAAUUUCAGAAACUUCAUCAGAAACUAGGAGUUAGCUCUAAGCAGAUGCAGGUAUAUUUAGACAAGUUCUGCAAAAUAGCAAAAUCUGGUCACAUAAGCUUGGAGGAGUUUGCCAUCUAUUUACACCUGCCCAAGUCCCAAGCUUUAGAGGAAGUAUUUGCUUUGUAUGAUCGGGAUAAUUCUGGCACAAUAGAUUUCAGGGAGUAUGUGAUAGGUUUGUCCUUGGUGUCUGGACCGGCAAACUCAAACGACACUAUACAGUUUGCAUUCCAGUUAUUUGACACAGAAAAUCAGGGUUACAUCAGCAAAGAGGGGUUCACGCAGAUCCUGUGUAAUGCCUUUAAGAUGAACACACAGGAUGUGCAGGUGCUGUUUGACAAAGUGGACUCUGACAAAGAUGACAAGAUUUCAUUUGAUGAAUUCAAAGCCUAUGCAGAAGAAAAACCUGAGUAUGCAAAGUUGUUCAAGACAUAUCAUGAGCUGGUACAAGGCAAUGGCCAUGUGGAGAACAAUGGGACCCCACCUAAGGCAAAGUUUGAUUGAUGGGUAUACCCUCCCCUCCAUGUGUUCGUGAGGCUGUCGACUGUGGGAGUGAUUCUACUAACUCCAUACUCCAGGAUCAACAGAUCUGCUUAUACGUGUUUUUAUCUAAUCAGCAAUACACCUUUCUAAGUUUGACCCAAGAUCUGCAUGCUUCACUUGAUGAUAUUUUGUUUGCAAUUUGUCCACACACCUCUCUCUGCCUAUCACCUGUUGCCUUGAACAGAAUAAACAUUGUAGACCAGAUCGAAUAUAUAUAGGAAUCAUGAGCACCAAAAUGGUUUUACCACAGAUGUUAAAUCUUAGAAAUGAGUUUGUUUCACGAAUUGUAAAAGCCAUUUGGAACUCAUGAUUACUACAGCCAUCGUCAGGAAGAAGCCGUGUUUGUUGAGAUGAAACUUUAAAAAUCAUUAGUUACCAGUCUUUCUGUAAGAUCUGGAUCCAAUGCAAAGACAUGAACAGCGUGAUAGCUGAGAAGGGUUGUACCGGUAGCUAUGGUCACAAUUGUCGGUAACUGUGGGCCUAUUCCAGAGGAAAGUGAGUGACCCUGAUGGGGGCCGUCCUGGCUAUAUGACGGUCUGGCCUUACACCAGACCUGAUACAACAUUCCUACCUCUGGAAUGGCUGAAGGCAGAAGGGCAGAGAUGGAUGUGGUCUCUUUGUAACGUUUUGUUUAUACACAACAACCAUAGUGUCACAAUAUCUUAUGAAGACUCCAGUUGGGGUCUUACGCUAGUCAAGGCACUAAUUGUCUCGGCUGCGAUAUAUUUUGUCAGUGGUAAUGGUCUACAUGAAAUUAAUAAGGGACAUUAUGAAUGGAAUAAUGAAUUUGUAUCACAAGGAUUUAUAAACAGGUUUAUGGGCAACUCAUAUUUGUAGUUAUGGGUGCGUAGAGAUCAAAAGAUCAGAUGAUUCUAUUUAUGAACUUAUAUAAACAGCAUUAUAUUAUAAUUUAGGUUUGAUAUACUGUACAUCACUGCUCACAGAUUAAAAGAGUUUUAGUGUUGAAUGUUUGUUGAAUAUUUUCAAUAUUGAUUUUGUUCUUGUAAAUUGAUUAUAAUUAUCGCAUUUAAUAAUUCUUGUGCUUUAAAUUACAAAUCUGUGGUGGAUAUUUUCAAAGAUUUUGAAGGAUAACAAUUCUGAAAUACCUUACAGUUGUUUGUUUUGGUUUCUUUACAUUUGGUUAAUUGGUUAUGUUUGUGCCAUAUUAUACUUUUGUUUGAAUAUUCUUUGUGUUCUUUAUUUGUACAUGUUUCAUUUAGAAGGUUUAGUUGAAUAUUUAAAAUGACUAAAAUCAAAUCAAUUUGGAUGAAAUUUAAGAGGGGUGUAUAUUAUAGCUGAAAUUGUAAGAUAAUCCUAUGGUCAUGUCUACAAGAAAGUUUGAAUUCUGCUUAUACAGAUCAAGCAUUUGGGGUAAUUGGGGAAUUUGUUGAUAUGCCAUGUAACAUAACUGAGCUUUGCAAGCACAAAAAACUACCUCUGUCUCCCACCUUUCCCUAAUAUUCAUGUACCCAGUGCUUGCCUAGUGUCCAGAAUUGUGGAGGUCAAUUAGGUUCCCUGAUAAAGUAUCGGAAUCUAGACACCCCUCACUCUCACACAUAGAACUUAAGGGAUAUGACAAGGACACUUUGACUGUUUAUUCUGAACAUUGAUAAUGCUCUGAAACAUUAUUAGUUGUAAGGUGUACAUAUUCUUGUUGGCAGUCCUUCAAGGAAGCAUUUUGAAUUGUACUAACCAGUCUUUCAGAGUCUUAUGAAUACAGGUUUCAGAUUCUUAUGACUGAGGAAAGAUUUGUAGUUUUCUGUCUCCUUCAUAUUGAAACUGAGAAUGAAACAUAUGUUUCAGUUCAAGCUGCACAUGUUGAACCACUUCAAACUAGUUUGUGAUCUUUUGUCCACUUGCAUUUUUUUCUUUUGCUUAUUAGCUUCAACUGUUGCUUUGUUUAUUUUUUACUAUAAUCUCUGCAAUACUGAUGGAUCUAACAGUUCAUAUUUUAUUUUUGUUUAUUUUGAAACAAGACCAUUUUCAAUCUCAAUGUAGCCCAUUAACCCUACAACUAUUUUGUUUUAUCUGGACUUUUGGGGUUAAAUAUACAUACAGCUUUUCUGUACCUGAACAUCAAUACUCUUCGUUUGUAUUCCAUGUUAUUUUUGGCCUGAAAGCUGUAUCAAACAUGGGACAGAUUGAAGUUGGUAUUUAUUCCUUAGACUCUAGUCAGACCUUACACUAGUCCAGUAACUCAUCCUGCACAACUGUAUUACAUUUCAGUGUCAUUCACAUGUUAUUUUCUUUUAAAGAAUUAAUGUUUGUUUGAAAAUAUGUACCACUUCCUGUUCCUCAAAGCUAACACAGCACCAAGACAAUCGUAAUGCCCAUAGGGCGGUGGGGUAGCCUAGUGGUUAAAGUGUUCGCUCAUCAUGCUGAAGGCCCAGGUUCGGUUCAUCACAUGUGUACAAUGUGUUAAGCCCAUUCCUGGUGUGCCCUGACCAUGAUAUUGCAUGAAUAUUGCUAAAAUUGGCAUAAACCCCAACUCACUCACUCACUGUAACACCCAUACUCUAACAAAGACUUUUGACAUUUGAAGCAAUGGAAUAUCUUCGUGGAACAGGAUCAUGGUAAACAUUACUAAUGAUUGUAUAUUAGUUUACUGCUACUAAUCAGAUGUUUGCUUUGGGAUUGAACUUAGCACAAAGUCAUUGUUCUGCCAUUACAAAUACCCCACUGUUUUGCUAUAACACCUAAAAUAAAACUCCCUUGAUCAGUUCUUUCUGAAUGUCUCUUAUGUUGAGUUACUACUCUGUAGUUUCAUCAUUGCAAUGGCUGAAUACUCUGCAUGUAUUUUUUUCUUUUGCUCAAUUUUCAGAUGUUUCCACUCAUGCAAUAACAAUAGUCCCUGAAAUAAGAAAGAGGUUUUUACAAAGUCAGAAUACUAUAUGUAACAUUUGUAGUGGGUUGGAACUGAGAACUACAACAGGAAUUCUCUCCCCUUUAUUUCAGGCGAUUGAUUCAACAAUAUCAGAUGCCACUCAAGACAGUUAACCUGAACUCAGAUACAGUUUACCAAGGGGUGCGUAGUUCUGUUAGACAAGGCUGUAAGCUCACAACAAAAUCAGAGAAGACUGUGUAUAUUGAGUACAGGUGCAUAUGAAAGAAAUACCGGAACAUCUUCUCUUGUAUUUAGUUUGUGUAGGGGAUAGUUUACAGAGAUAUGCAUUGGUUUCUAUCCCUGCCUUCUACAGGAAAAUGUCUUGAAAACCUAAGUGGUUUGCAUAAUAUGCUCAAUAAUAAUACAGAUGCCAUACAUUUAUCUUAGUAGCCAGCGUAGUUUACAAGUCAUCAGGGUAUUAUCCUCCAUGUUUCGUACCAUCAGGAUCUAGUAUUUUGAAACAGAUUUCAAAAUGUACUCAUUUGCAUGAGGUUUCUUGCCAAAGAUGUGUGCAUCAUUUGUUAUUUUAAAUCUGGCUUGUUUUACAUCAAUUUCAGAGGUCAAUGCUACCAAGUCAGUAACGGCCACACUAAACAGCUGGUCUGCUUCCCUAGUUAGGUUGCACAGGUGGCUGGCCCCGAGAACUGUUGAUUGUAUCAGCAGGCAACGUUUGAUAAUAUUUAUGUUAAUUUCUUUUCUUUUUGUUCAGUGCACUACAAUGUGUGUAUAUGGAUUUAUGAGCUCACCUGGUACAAAGUCCAAGUGUGCUCGUUGUGGAAUAUCGUUCGUCAUUAAAGUUUACACUUUCAACAUUCCUUUGUACCAUUGGUAUUACGCUGCUCAACCUCCAACAGGAUAUACCACCAAUGGUUUCACCAGGAUGUGCUCAAAAUAGUUAAUUUGAUUACAUUUAUAGGGACAGUUUUCAACUGUACUGGGUUUGUGAUGCAUGAAGACACAAAUCUAAAACCCUUCCAUCUUCUUUGGUCUACAUUAUAUAAUUUAAUGUUUCAUAUUUUUUUUUCUUUGCAAUAUGGUUGAACUAUGAUGACAUACAUGCAGUUUAAAUUUGAAGUUAUGGGGCUAAGUGCCAGGAUUAAUUCCCUGAAAUUAAGUGUUCCCACACCCCAUUCCCAUUUGAUUUGUGUUAGGAUUUAUGUUAAGUUUGAGUUUUUGCUGAUUUUGAUCCUUUGCUUGAAUUGUGUUGAUGUAUUUUGUGUUUAUCUAAGAUUUACAGUUGAGCUGCAGAGCCUUGUGGUUUUCUAUUUUUUUAAGAUAUACUUUUUGAUGUGAUAUAUAAUUGUUGAUACAUCCCUAUUUCCAUGAUAUAUUUUCAUGUGAGAUUCAAAAAGGUUCUAUGAAUGUUAACAUAUAUCAAAUGUAACAUUGCCAAAUAGUUGUUUAGGUGAUGCUAAGUGUGUAAGUGAUUCAAGUCAUACAUGAAGGCAUUUAGUAGGUUGUGCACUAGGUUGGGAAAUUGUUCGUUAAGCAAUCAAUAUUUUGCUUCAAAAUGCAGGAUUUCAUUUUGGGGAAAACUGUAUAUUUAGUCUUUGCAUGACAUUUUGUGCAGUAUUUUUCUUCUUGAAUCUCUGAAGGAUCUUAAAAUAGUCCAAUGAUUGAAUCAUUGAUAUUUAUUAGAAUUUUUAAUACCCAUUCACGUGUUCUUGAAAGCAUUCUAUGUUUGUUCUGUAAGUAUUCGUGUCAAAUAAUACUUUUAAUAAGAUAGAGGACAAAUUAUCUUUUAAUAUUUGUUUUGUAGUUUCUGUCACAGAAAGUACUAUUUAGAUUUUUAACUAUUUUCUCUAUAUUUGUAUGUUAUCUUUCCUUAACAAUGGAGAUGCAGAGAUCAGUACUAUUUUUCUAUUUCAGAGUAUCAACUUUCAAUUUAGUACACUGAUAUGGCUUUAUGAAAAGGUCUUAGGGAUUGUCUUAAACAUUCUCAAUCAACUGAUUCAUUUGAAAAGAUCAACAAAGUUCCUGUCUUGUACUCUUAGUUUUAGUUUGAAAGUCAUACA